CCUGGCUCUCUCGCCUUAACCUGAACUUCACUACCGUCCAGCCUACUUCUCCGAUCGAGAAAAAUGGCUGAACGAUGCAGCGUUUGCGGGACGUUCGUUCCAGCAAAAUACAGCGUCGACCAGCACGUUCGCGGUCGGAAACAUCAGGAGGUGCUUAGGAGGCUCAGGGUCGCGGGCGUCGAAACGGCUCAGACCCCGCACUCCGCGCCCUCCGGUCCUAGAACGGCGACGCAGCGCAGUUUCGCUGAUAUACGCUGUGGUGUUUGCGGUCUGACCCUCCCAAACAUCACCGCGUAUACCUAUCACUCCCGAAGUGCGAGCCAUCGGGAAGCGGUCGCGCAGGCCAGAGCGGUCAGCCAGGGGAAUGCAAACGCGGGGGCGACGAGUAGGGGUACGGAUGUGAGAGAUGUAUCUGACGGUGUUACAGACGUCGAAAGCGCCGAAGCAGACAAGCACGGGGUCGCGAUUUCCUUGAAAGGAGGGCUUGAUUUUGGCAUUGUCGAGAUGGAUGCCACCCAAGGGGCCUCGGAACGACGCACGAUGACUUUGACAAUCAAAAGAACGGACACCGUCGCUCGAGUUUACCUCGCCAAGAUACUCUUAUCCUCGUCGACCACACAGAGCACGCAUGGUACAAGUUUCUCAGCUAGCCUCGUAGGAAAUAUCAGGUGGAUCAAUUGGCGUCAACCCCGUCAAGUUGCCGUCGUAUUUCAAUCCUCCUACGAAGGAAGAUAUGAGGACACCAUCGAGCUAUGCUUUCACGACGUCGCCGCCAAGAGACAGUUCACCAUCAUCCGCCACAUGAAGGCCAUCGUCGGUUCCGCUGACGAUUUCGCCGUCUUGCGACCCUCGGCGCCGUACGUGAAGAAGACCGUCAAGCCCCGCCCGCCCGAAGCGGAAGUCGUGCCGCCACCCCCAACGUGGACAGAGACGGCCUGGAAGGUGUUUCUCCCGCACUACCCUGUUCCUGCGGACCUCGUGGAGGCGGCAUUUCAGCAUAACACGCGGAGGGCACAACAGGAGGUUCGCGCGCGGUUCCUGCCUGCCGCGCUCACACCCUCCACAUACGCCAAAUGGUUCCACAUGUUGCUGCAUAUCGAGGAAGAGAAGACGAGACAGGAUCUAGAGCGAUAUUCGAUGUACGGUGUCACGCUGGAGCCAAGACCGCCACGUUACCGCCUCCAAGUCGACGGGUUGGCGGAGAAGCGGCCUUCCGUUCUCGUCGGCGACUUCAUCAACGUCAAGUUCACCAGCGAACGCGACGACAAAUGGUACCAAGGUCGCGUCCACGAGCUUCACAACACAUCCGUGGACGUCCGAUUCAGCGAUUCGUUCAGCACUUUCCGGGGCAACAGCUUCGAUGUCCGCUUUGUCUUGAAUCGUCUGCCGUUGAGGAGAGCGCAUCAAGCCGUGGCAAUCAAAUACCCAUUGACGCAUGUCCUGUUCCCCGCAACGCGUGAUUUAGCGCCUCUGCGAACCGUGACUGAAGCGCAAAUGGAAGCGGUUCGACUCGUCAACCGAAGGAUCGCGGAGGAUCGCGAACAGCUGCAAGCCGUUGCGACUAUACUCCAUCGUCCAGCAGGUUCCGUCCCUUUCGUCAUCUUUGGGCCGCCCGGAACCGGAAAGAGCGUCACAGUCGUGGAGAGCAUCAAACAACUCCUCAUCGCUAACGACGCCUGCCGCAUCCUCGUGUGUGCCCCGUCGAAUGCCGCCGCCGACCUUCUUGCCAUGCGGCUGCUCGACCUCGGCCCCUACCAGCUCUUCCGCCUCAACUCGGUUUCGCGCGAGGUCAAGCGACUCCCCAAGGACCUCCUGCCCUUCUCCCUCAUCAACGGGAAUCAGGUCUUUGCCACCCCGGCGCUGGAGGACCUGAUGAAGUACCGCGUUGUCGUUUCGACAUGCAUCUCAGGCGGGAUACCCUACGGCCUCGGCGUACCACGGGGAUACUACUCGCACAUCUUCGUGGACGAGUGCGCGCAGGCGACGGAGCCGGACGCGAUGAUCCCGAUCAGGACCAUGGCGGACAACCGCACGAAUGUCGUCCUGGCGGGGGAUAUAAGGCAGCUCGGACCGACCAUUCGUUCGGUCAUAGCCAUCUCUUUCAAGCUCAACAGGAGCUACAUGGAACGUCUUAUGGACAGCGGGCCAUAUAGCCUGGAGACCGGCAGAGGAUUGACGGUUGUGAAGCUCAUCAAGAAUUGGAGGUCACACCCCGACAUCCUUACGUUUGCCAACCAACAGUUUUACGAUGGCGAACUCGAGGCCUGCGGAGACCCAGCGAUGACACAUAGCUUGCUGCGCUCGGAGGUGCUUGUCAAGAGGGGCUUCCCGAUUGUGUUCCAUGGGAUAACGGGCAAGGACGAGCGCGAGGAGUCGUCCCCGUCUUUUUUCAACGUCGAGGAGGCGACCCAGGUCAAGAAAUACUGCGUGGAAUUGAUGUCGGAUCAAAAGCUGCGACUCAAGCCCAGUGAUAUUGGUGUUAUAUCGCCUUAUCACGCACAGUGCGGGAAGAUACAUCGUAUCCUUCCUGACAGAUGCAAGGACAUCAAGUGCGCCUCUGUUGAGGAGUUCCAAGGCCAGGAACGGAAAGUCAUAAUCCUGUCCACUGUGCGGAGUUCCGUCGAUCACAUCAACUACGACAUCCGCCACACCCUCGGAUUUGUCGCCAACGCCCGGCGCUUCAAUGUUGCGAUUACGCGCGCCCGCGCACUUCUCAUCGUCGUUGGCGACCCGACCGUGCUGUCGCUCGACCCGGUCUGGCGCGCCUUCCUCAACUUCGUUCACCUCGGCGGCGGCUGGAAGGGCAAAAAGAUCGACUGGGACCCUACAGAGACCGUCGUCGCGCAUGGGUAUGACCGGGAGCGCCGGGAGCGCGCGCAGGGGCAAGUUACAGAGAUGAUGGAGCGGAUUCGCGCCCAAAUAUUCUCGUCCACGGAGGAAUGGGCGAUCCCUGGAGGCGAACGAGAAUCUGGAGAGGACGAUGGAGAGGGAUUCCUGGACGUGCCUUGGAGGGAGGACGAUUGA